UUUAGAUUUUAGUACAGACAAUUUGAUGCCAAUAAUAUGGUUCACUGGUGAUUAUUUUCAAUCGACAAAAAUUCAAAAAUAUUUCUUUGAAAUGUUAUCAUUCAAUACGGGACGUACAGUUUGUGUAUUUGAGUACCCGACAUGCUUACAGGAAUAUUUAUAUGAAACAAUGAAUUGCAUUAUUGAUUUACUGCAUAAUAAAGUAUUUAACAAUUUGGGCAUAAGAAUAAAUUUGAAUACUACAUCGGGAAAACUCGAAAAGAAUAAAUUUAUAUUAUCUGGUAAUAAUUCUGGAUGUUUCUAUGCAAUGUUAUAUUUAGAUUAUUUAAUAAAUAGCAAAAAACAAUUUAUUGUAUAUGAAUGUGUAUUCUUUGAUGGUAUUUAUAACAUACUGAGUGUACCAAAUCCUUAUUACAGAUGGUUGUGGAAACGAAAUCUUUCGUAUAGUAAAAACAUAUGUGAAAAGAUUAAAAAUUGUUCUUUAGAUCGGGUCGAUUGUUCAGAUAUAAAUAAUCCUCAAAAAUGCCCUAAACUAUCGGAAGAAUGUGAAAAUUGUUUGAGAUUUUAUCAUUGUUUAAACAAUAAACGUUUUACACCAAUUGAUAUAAAUGUUGUUACGUCAAAUGAUAAAUUUCAUUAUGACCUUAAUGAGUCGUUUGUAAAAGAAGAUAAACAUCAUCGUACAUUAAUUGAAUUACCUCGUGAUUCUAUUAAUUGGACGUAUUUCUAUUAUUAUGAAAAAAUGCAAUCAAUUAUUGCUAAAUGCUUUCGUCUCGAUUCAUACUAAAGAUUAUACUUAUGAUUUAUUAACAAUGGAAAAUUAAAUUUUUU